UUUAUUGAUUUUCCACUUGUUGCUGCCGCCUGUGACUCUCGGAGCGUAUAAAAAGCUAUUUUGAGAAGCUCAAGCUCAAAACCCGACUUGCAAAUUUAUUCUCCGAGUAUUACCGGUAGAACUGGUCUCCCCGCCGCGGUUAAAAACCCCCCAGCUGCGUUCAAAGCUCCCGCUUUUGACUCACCGCCGAUCCAACAAGCGGGGAAUUAAAAUUUCUCGUGUUUUUUCCAAAUCAGUUUUAUUUGAGCCGCAAAACUGGCAGCACGCAUCAUGUCCGCAGGUCGAGUAGUUAUCUAUGGUGGUAAGGGAGCCUUGGGCUCCGCCUGUGUCGAUCACUUCAAAGCCAACAAUUAUUGGGUCGGCAGCAUUGACUUGUCAGAGAACGAGAAGGCCGAUGUCAGCAUUGUGGUGCCACGCGAUGCUUCGUGGUCGGAGCAGGAGGACGCGGUGGUCUGCAAGGUGGGGGAAUCCCUGUCGGGCCAGAAAUUGGAUGCCGUCAUCUGCGUGGCCGGCGGCUGGGCCGGUGGCAAUGCCAAGAAGGAUCUGGCCAAGAACGCCGAUCUCAUGUGGAAACAGAGCGUUUGGACCUCGUCCAUAUCCGCCGCUGUGGCGGCUCAGUACCUUAAGGAGGGCGGAUUACUAGCUUUGACUGGUGCUAAGCCCGCUCUGGAGGGCACUCCCGGCAUGAUUGGCUACGGCAUGGCCAAGGCUGCCGUCCACCAGCUUACCCAAUCGCUCGGCGCCGACAAGUCCGGCCUGCCAGCUGGAUCUUUGGCGGUAUCCAUCCUUCCCGUAACCCUGGAUACGCCCAUGAACCGCAAAUGGAUGCCGGAUGCAGACUUUGGCACUUGGACGCCGCUCACCGAGGUGGCUGGACUCUUCCAAAAGUGGACUCAGGGACAGGAACGUCCCAAGACCGGAUCCCUGCUGCAGCUGAUCACCAAAAACGGAGUCACAGAGCUCGUUGCAGCUGAAUAGGACUGAAGAUAUCGAAUACACAGGAUCCAAAAAACAGAACAAUAAUGCUCAAAAAACAUAAUCUACCAAAUGCUUGGCGCUUGUACAUAAACUAUUCAUAAAUAAAUCGCUGGGCGGCUUUCGAUCGUUUAA